AUGAUACGAAGUGGAGAUGCUGCAAAAUUGCCCGGCACGAAGAUCCAGAACCGGUGCGCUGUCACCUCCGUUGGGUUAGACGCCGUCGAUGGCUUAAUGGGAGGAGGACUUCCUGUUCAUAAUCUAUACAUCCUAUCAGAAACAUCGGGUCAGAAGUUUGGAACAUACUUUAUGAGAUACUAUGUGGCUGAAGGCCUAAACCAGAGUCAGAAGGUGGUUGUUGUUGGACUAACGGAACCAGAGUAUCUGAAUGAAGUUCCUUCAUGUUCUAACUCAGUUGCUUCUGUUCCCAAAGCGUCGGCACUGGAUGAAGACAUGUCGAUUGCUUGGAGAUACUCGACGAUGCCGUCGAUGAAUUCUGGACUAAGUUCACGAGAUAGGAACAAAUACGACUUGGCCAACAAUAUGGACAUUUCUAAUGCAGAUUUACGUUUGGUACUGGCUGACUCAUACAAGAAGUUGUUUGAAGAGCUGGUUCUUCUUUUACAAACCGAUGAUUAUGUGUUUGGAACUGGGAGGAAGAUGCUGCGGAUUGUUAUAAAUGAUUUUGGGAGUCCUUUAUUCGAAGAUUCGGAUGCUACGUACAAUUUCAUCACUAAAUUGAAGGUACUGCUGUUACAUUCUAAUGCUGUGUGCAUGCUUUAUCUGAACGAAAAAUUGUUUUCUACAUCUGAGAUUGACGGAUUUAUCACAGUUGCCGACAAUUUCUUUCGUGUGGAGCCUCAUGAUGAAGAAAUUAAGAAAGAUUUGGGACUCGAAGAUAGUUAUGAUGGUCGUUUCCAUAUCGUCAAACUGCCUCUUCUCAAUUCUUUUGCUACCAACAAGCCGGCUUGUGUGGAUUUGGUAUUCGAAAGACAUCGACAUUAUCUCGAAAUCAAAAUUUUGCAUUUGCCAGCUGUGAUGGGGGGAGGUGUACCGGUGAAGUCUGCUUGCCAAACUGUUGCCGAUUCGUUCUAA